CCCCCUUCUCCUUCAGUCUUAACCUCCUGCGUUCUUCAUUGCUACUUCACAGAGAGAAAGUCUCCAGCUUCAACAGCAGCUUGGUGGCCCCGAGUGAAGCCGCUGCUUAUCGCAGGUGUCGACUGGAAGACUCACGAAUGGGCCUGCUCUAAAGAUGAGGCAUUGUGGCCGCUCUGCUGCUUACUCCUUCCCGGUGGACGUUUCUUCUGCUGCCUCGGUGCACAUGUCGGAUCAAGGAGGCCAUGGCCGGGACCUGUUUACAUUUGUUACUGCAGCCUCGUCCCACAUCAUGAGGACCCUGCAGCGCCCCAAGAAAACGAGACCUUCAAAGAGACGCAUUAAUCACCGGAGGUUUCUGCACAACCAGAUCUGCAGGAAGUAUGCAGAAAUAGAAGCAGCCAAUCGACAGCUGGCCUCCUCGAUUUUGUCUCAAGUUGGGUCAGAGUCUCAUUCUAGAACUGUGUCUGAAGAGGAGAGCUUGCAACCGUAUGAGAAGAUGAUGUUGCCUGAUGUGCCAGCCAGUAGUGUGAUCUCAAUAGCCCAGGAGGAUGUAAAGAGUAAUAAAACUCAAACACGCAAGGGAGUGACAGAGGAGAAAGGCCUUCAGAUUGACCCCAGGAAUUCUGGCAGCUUUAAGAAGUGUGCUGACACAGGCAGGCGCCCUUCACACCUUAGAAAUGGCAGUUCCCAGCUUGCUUCCUCUUUGAAACCUAAACUCAUUAAAGUGACGGACAUUCUGGAAAAGCCUUCUGGUGUCCAGUGUAGUAAAACCAACCCAAAGGUAAUGGGCCCUAUGCAAGACUAUGUUAAAAUUUCCAACUGUAUCCCACAGAAGAAAGUAAAAUUUGCAUCCGGUUCUCCAGAAUUCUAUGGAGUGGAAUCCAUAAGAGAUAAGAUGUGCAAGUUUACGGAUCCUGUAUGGAGGAGAAGCAACUCUAGAAAGAUCUGGGAUCAGCCCUAUGCCUCCAAAUUUCCUUUUGGAAUCCUAGACGGUUUGAACAAUAGAACCACAGGGAAAUCCAGACUCAUGUCUGUAGUUGCUGCAAAGGCUACCAUGAGUAUGAAAGGCCAAGAAAAAGACGCCAACCUAGCUGAUGAAGAAGAAGAUGAUAGUGGACAGGAUUCCAGUUGUUGCAUGCAUUCCCCCAGCAACCAGCCGAACAAGGUCGGUCACACAUCUCAUGCCAUUUUAGAAGAGUACUCUGGCAAGGGGUCCACAGAUAGAGUUGCCUCUGCUCUGGUGACCCCUCAGUCCCUUUCAGAUGAGAGAAGUGCAUUUCUGUGGGUGACCAUGCAAGGACCUGACUUGAACGAGGCGGAGUUGGGUGUCUUUGGGCCAACCACCAUGAACCAACCAUAUAAUGUGGAUGAGGAGUGCCACGUGGAGGGGCUGAAUGCUGACACUGGCUCAUAUCGACUAGAAGAUUGCGAGAAGCAGGCCUCCACUAGCAACACCGUUUUCUGCAUCCCAGGCCUUACAGAGGAUUGCAGGGUUACGCAUGCCCCCUUUCUGGGAGUAGCCGAGGCAUUUCCUGCCGAGCCACCUCAGUCUCCUCUUUCACUUAGUCUCAUUCCCCCAACAGAGGAUGAGUGUCUCUUUGACGACAUAACCACAUCAGUCAGCGCCAGCUGGUCUGCAGAUAUAAAUGCACCAGAAAGGAACAGCUGUACCAUUACCCAGAGUUCCAUUACUCUGCAGUCUCCCAUUUGUAUGCCAGAUGUCUGUGAUGACUGGCAGCAUGACGAAACAUCCACUUUAUCCCAUGGGCCACGGCUUCUAGGGCCGGGUAACGCAUCACAUUGGUUACCGGAUAGGCAUAGCACCAACCUAACCUUACCUAACUCAGUCCUGCUAGUAUCCAGGGUUUCAGACAACGUACCAAAAAGGAACUCCAAGGAACCGCAUAGCCACAGGUUCUCCGCCUCACCCGGGUACUUUGGAAAAUCGACCCUCCACCCACCUCCAAAACAACGUUUAGGCAAUUGGAUGGGGAGUGGCAGUGAGCUCCUGGUGCCCUGGGUCGAACUUGUUUCUCAUAUAUCAAAUAGCAGCACUGUGAAUAUCGAGGACAGCACAAGUAACUUGAUUCCAAAAGUUUUAGGCAAUGAAGAAGGGUUGUUUGAUCUCCAUGAACUCUGGGAUCUGUCGCCUGCUGGCUUGUGAAAUUGCAAGAUGAACUGGACGCCAGUAAUGGAAAGGAAUGGUUCAGAAAUGAAGAUCAACUGAAUAUGCAGUUUGACACUGAAAAGGCGCAGAGCUGUUCCUGGUGGGAUUCUGCAGCAGGCAAACACUCGCUGUAAAUAAAAUUCCAUAUGGAUACAUGCCUAUACACCUAUCGCUCGCUUUUCUUUUUUUGUGAUUUCUUUCUAAUUAAGAUGAAUGGGAAUCAUGGAGUGACCCUAAAAAAGAACCGGCCCACGAUAUGCAGUACUGCCUGCCGAAUGUAAAGUCAAGUGGCCACCGUCUGAGGGCGAUCAAGGAGUUAAGGCAGAGUUUAUUUUUCAUAACAAGCUGACAAAUUUUCCAGAACUCUCUCCCAGCCCCGGUGUGUUUAUUCAGACCAGAAAAUGCAUGUCUGUUCCCUGCUCAUCUGUAACUCUGUCUCCAUUACUGACAGUUUGUGAAGUGAAAAAAUAAA